UUGGAAGCAGAGAAGAAGAAUUUGAAGCAGAAGCAGCACAACUUCGGUGGAGACGAUUCAGUCCAAUUAAGAACUACGAAUAUACACAUUCAUAAUGCCUAAACCAAAGGAAGUGCUCUCCUCCACAUCUGGGAGUGACUCUGAUAGUGAUGUUGAAACCAAGGCAAAGAGAAAGAAGUCAAGUGCACCAGAGAAACCGGUUAAGAAACCAAAGACGGGAGAGAGUGUUAAGCCUGGUGGGUCUUCCAAAGGCAGCAGUAACACUGGCGACAACAUGUUCCAAAUCGGAAGGAUGAGAUAUGUCUCCGUUCGGGACUUCAAAGGUAAAGUUCUGAUCGACAUCAGAGAGUACUGGACGAAUCCAGAUGGGGAUAUCAAGCCUGGAAAGAAAGGCAUCUCCCUGAAUCCUGAACAAUGGAACCAACUGAAAGACCAGAUUUCCGAAAUUGAUGACGCCAUUAAGAGUAUAUAAGCAAUCCUUGGAACCUUUGAAAAUGUUGGUUAACUCGUUUUGUAAAAAAAAAAAAAAAAAAAAAAAGCCUGGGAUUCUUUUGUAACUGACUUUGACGGAAUAUUUAAUUUGUCACAGUUUAGCGUUAAUGCUGUUGCAUCUCUUUUUUUAUUUUUAUUUUUCCAUGUGAAGCUUGUUAUUGAGCAGUGUACCUUUUGAGCUGUGUACCUGUGAGCUAUGUUGUAGAUAGCGGUAAAUAGAGGCUGCUUAUCCUAGCGUGGCACAUUUACAGUUCAUAGUAAAACUAAAACAGUUGAUUGGUAUUAAAGUUUUGCAAAAGUUGCAAGAUCGUGUUCAUAGUCUGACUGUCAUAGCAAGCAAAACAAAUUUUUAACUGCUCUUUCAAUCAGGAGCGAUGAUAUCAUGCGUAUAUCUGAUGACCGAGCCCCAAAUACCUACAGGCUCUUAAUAAAUGACAUUAUUCAAAACGUAUGGCAUGAAUUAACUCAUAAAUUGUUUCUGUUUUGAGAAGGAAUGUUGUGAAUCAGUCCAAAGUUUUAACAUACACUAUAAGGCGAUCACGGCACUUACUACCGUAUAUCAUCAUUUGGAUAGACUAUAGCUAUGCUAUACAAUAAAGCAGUACAUCUUGAGGGGGAUAACCUUUCAACUAAACCACAUGCAAACUACACUGAAAGGUAUUGAACAAGUACAAACUCCAGAAGCAUCUUGCCGGGAGCCGUACUUCCUCUGUGCCGUAGCAAAUAACAUGGACACUAUAAAUGUACAAUCCGGCGAGUUAAGGUCAACUAUAACAGUCGUUUUCAUCAUUUGAUCAAUAAUGUAAAGAUGAUUUUUUUGUUUGUUUGUUUGUUUGUUUUAAAGCAAUUAUGCUUCCUGGGUUUUGUCGGGUUUAAUUUCUCCCACGCUGCAACAGCCUCGCUUCAAGUCCUAUUUUCAAAGUUAGCGAUGAUUUCAAAUUGUAGGCAUUCGUAGUAAUGGCAAUCCGAAUUGACGGAGCAAAUGGUGGUGGCCCACGGAAAUACACUUCUUGCAUAACGGUAAAAAAUAAAUAAACUUGCUUCCUAAAAAA